AUACCGAUGAGCGAACUCUGCUUGCACUCUUCUCUCUCUCGUGGGUCUGAAGCUAAAGAAAAGUUGCAGAGAGGAGCCAGAGAGAGAGAAACAGAGGAGAAAGAGAUGAGUGAUUCAAAGGUAGAGACAAUCUCGAGGCUUGCUCAAUGGAGGAUCGAUAGCUUUGGCCCUUGCUCUUACAGACGCUCUGAAUCCUUCAAGGUCGGAAUCUGGAACUGGUACUUAUCAAUAGAGAAAAAUCGUUAUCUCUACAUUCGUCUCUUUCCAGAGCCUUGUCGAGCCUCGAAGGAGCAACCACCAAUUGCCAGAUUUGUUCUUCGAGUCUCUAAUAUUGGUGCUAACCGAAGACCGUACAUUUCCCCUAUUCAUGAGAGAUUGCUCCGGACCAGUGAAGACUUUGUCUGGCCUGUUGAUUCCACUUUUCAUGGUCGAUUCAUCAUUGAUGUUGAAUUUCUGGACCUUAAGAUCUGUCCAUUAAAUGGAGGGGAACCCUUAACUGUAUGGCCCUGUGAUGGAGCAAUGCAGUCUCUUGCAACUCAAACCACUCUGCGGUGCCUCUCCCGUAUGCUUGAUGAAGCUAUCCAUGCAGAUGUCACAAUCAACACGACUGAUGGUAGUUUGAGAGCCCACAAGGCUUUUCUGUCUGCAAGCUCACCAGUAUUCCGGAGCAUGUUUGAACAUGACCUUAAGGAGAAAGAAUCCUCUACAGUAGAGAUAGAAGACAUGUCACUGGAGUCAUGUACAGCUCUCCUAAGUUACUUGUAUGGGACCAUAAAACAAGAGGAUUUCUGGAGGCACCGGUUGGCAUUGCUUGGAGCGGCUAACAAGUAUGACAUUGUUGACCUCAAAGAUGCCUGUGAGGAUAGCCUCUUGAAGGACAUCAACUCCAGCAAUGUCUUGGAGAGGCUGCAGGAGGCCUGGCUAUACCAACUGAACAAGCUGAAGAAAGGGUGCUUGACGUACUUGUUUGACUUUGGCAAGAUAUAUGAUGUGAGGGAUGAGGUCAAUGACUUCUUCCGCCAUGCAGAUAGGGAACUUGUAGUUGAGAUGUUUCAGGAGAUACUUACUGUUUGGAAGCCUGUAUGAUCCCUCCUAUGCGCGCAAAACUCAUUGGCCGUUAAUACAUCCACUCACAAUUGUAUGUAUGUAGUUUUGUAUGUUUUACAAGAAUAUUACAUUGUAAUUAGUCAAUGAGACACUUGCAGCUGAGAGUGCUUGUUGGAUGUAGUGUGUGUAUUUUGUUCAGAGAUUUGCAUGGUUCAUGCCUGAAACUACUCUUAUA